UGACGCAGUUCUGCUUUGUCGCAUGUUUGGUGACGUUUUACAACUGACUAGAAAGGUCUCCUAUACCGAGGCCUAGCUAUCGAGUUUAGUUCCUCGGACUCUUAUUGUUUUUUUUUUACCCUGUUCAUUUAUUUCAACCCGUUUUGAGCGGGCCUUUUCCUUAUGACGGUUUUUUGCCCGAAGCAAACAGCGGGGAUUUGGGCGCAGUCGCUCGUUUUGAGAGUAAAUUAAACGUGAAGCGAGUAUCCGGAGUGAGGAACCCAGUCUGGGGAAGAAGAUGACAUCUCGGAGGUGGUUUCACCCCAACAUCACCGGCGUGGAGGCUGAGAACCUUCUGCUGACGCGCGGCGUGGACGGAAGCUUUCUUGCUCGACCGAGCAAAAGCAACCCGGGCGAUUUCACCCUCUCUGUCAGGCGAAAUGGAGCAGUCACCCACAUCAAGAUUCAGAACACGGGGGAUUACUACGACCUGUACGGAGGAGAGAAGUUCGCCACGUUGGCUGAGUUGGUGCAGUUUUACAUGGAGCACCACGGCCAGCUAAAGGAGAAGAACGGCGAUGUGAUCGAGCUGAAGUACCCGCUCAACUGUGCUGAUCCGACGUCAGAGAGGUGGUUUCAUGGUCACCUCUCGGGCCGGGAAGCCGAGAAGCUGCUGACGGAGAAGGGCAAGAACGGCAGCUUCCUGGUCAGAGAGAGUCAGAGUCAACCCGGGGAUUUUGUGCUCUCUGUACGAACCGGUGAUGACAAAACAGACAGCACUGACAGCAAACCAAAAGUCACUCACGUCAUGAUUCGUUGCCAGCAUGAUAUGAAGUAUGAUGUUGGUGGAGGGGAGAAGUUUGACUCCCUGACCGAUCUGGUGGAACACUACAAGAAAAACCCCAUGGUGGAAACACUGGGCACCGUGCUUCAGCUCAAACAGCCCCUCAACACGACACGCAUUAAUGCAGCCGAGAUCGAGAGCCGAGUGCGGGAGCUCAGCAAGCCGGCUGAGGCCACCGAUAAGGUCAAACAGGGCUUCUGGGAAGAGUUCGAGACCCUUCAACAGCAGGAGUGCAAGCUGCUGUACAGUCGCAAAGAGGGUCAGCGUGCUGAGAACAAAAACAAGAACAGAUACAAAAACAUUCUUCCCUUUGACCACACGCGAGUAGUCCUCAAAGACUGCGACACAAACGAGCCAGGCUCUGAUUACAUCAACGCUAACAUCAUCACGCCAGAUUUAGAGUUAAAGUGCAACAACGCCAGAUUAAAGAAAAGCUACAUCGCCACACAAGGCUGCCUGCAGAGCACCAUAAGCGACUUCUGGAGGAUGGUGUUUCAGGAAAACUCCCGUGUCAUCGUCAUGACGACUAAGGAGGUUGAAAGGAGCAAGAGUAAAUGUGUAAAGUACUGGCCGGACGUGUCGGCGCUAAAGGAAUACGGUGCCAUGCGCGUGCGAAACGUCAAGGAGACCUCAGCUCAUGAUUACAUUCUGCGAGAGCUGAAGCUUUCAAAAGUUGGACAGGGAAACACAGAGCGUACAGUAUGGCAGUACCAUUUCCGCGCCUGGCCCGAUCAUGGCGUGCCCAGCGAUCCUGGUGGUGUGUUGGACUUCCUAGAGGAGGUCAAAAUGAGGCAAGAGGGCAUGGUGGAGGCCGGACCCAUUGUGGUGCACUGCAGUGCCGGGAUUGGACGAACUGGGACCUUUAUUGUGAUCGACAUACUAAUAGAUAUCAUCAGAGAAAAAGGAGUGGACUGUGAUAUUGAUGUGCCCAAGACGAUCCAGAUGGUGCGUUCACAGCGCUCAGGAAUGGUCCAGACCGAGGCUCAGUACCGCUUCAUUUACAUGGCAGUUCAGCAUUACAUAGAGACACUGCAGCGUCGCAUAGAGGAGGAACAGAAAAGCAAAAUCAAGGGACGCGAGUACACCAACAUUAAGUACUCACUGACUGAUCUGAGCGGAGGGGACCAGAGCCCGCUUCCCCCCUGCACCCCUACGCCAGCCUGUGCUGAUAUGCGGGAGGACAGCUCCAGAGUGUAUGAGAAUGUGGGUCUGAUGCAGCAGCAGAAGAGUCACAGAUGAGGCUCCGACUACACUGUCCAACUCACAGCAACCUUUUUAUUUCCUUCUCGCCAGCUGCACCUGAACGCCUGAAAUGUGAUCACAGCUACAUGGAAAGACGAAAAUAAAACAUAUGAAAAUGAAUUAAAAAAAAAAAAAAAAAAAGAAGAGAAAAGAAGACUGAGACCAGUUUGCGAGGGAGAAAUGUGGAUGGAGUAAAUUCCUUUCUCCUCCCUGCAAAGCAGCCUUUUUUUCACCCCUCCCCCCAUGCUAAGAAACCACUGUGAACAUCAUGAAGCCUUACUCGUGACUAUGGAGAAGAGAGAGAGAGCGAGAGACAGAGACCCUGUGUAAAGGAACUGAUUCGCCGUGGAAUUCUCCGCAAUCCAUUCAGGCUACAACUAGCAAAACCUAGAAAAAAGAGCUUUUGCCGUUUUGUCCUUUUUAUUUUUUGUUGGUUUUGUUUUGUUUUUGUUUAAAUUUCAUGUUUUUGUUUCCUUUUACCAAAGCAAGAAGAUAUUAGAAUUCUUCAGAGAAUUAUGGCAUUCUUUUAGGAUGCGAAAAGGCAUGUGCUCAACACGCAACCUUAACCAGUCCCCCAUAUUCUGGAUUCCUCCUGGGGGUAAAAGAUUUAAAGGGAAAUUCUUCCUCAGAGCUCUACCUGACCCCCCACACACACACACACACACACACACACACACACACACAUGAAAAGUAUAGCUGUGUCCCACUUCAAAUCGCCCUACUUACAGCAUCGCGCUUAUUUUUAAGGGAGAAAAAAGAAGGUAUAACUCUUUUGGGAGCCUCAAUCUAAAAUCCAGCCCACCUCAUUUGUUCCUUGGCUCAUGGAUUUGUUUGAUUGGGUAUUUUUAAAGAACCCCAUCCUUGUUGUGUCAAAGUUACUGAAUCAUUGUUGGUCUGACUUUUUAUUAUUUGUUUUCUUUUGUUAAAUUUUUUUUUAAAGCUUUGUUUGUUUAUCUGUGACUUAUGUACACGUAUGUAUGAGCACCAUCAUUAUUUUCCAAUUCUUUGUUAAAGACAUGACUGCAUGUUCAGAGGUCAUCUCUGAUAUGAAAAAAUAUUCCUCAAUAUCUUUAUUUUUCUUUUUUUUGGAUGAUGAGAACGUAUAUUUAUAUGUACGUGCCAAUCAGCUUACAGUAUGUGCUAUUGCAGUUCUGUCUGCCGGGUUUCUAUUUUUAUUUUUCCGUUCCGUCUGAUAAAUUUUUUUUUUCUUUUUCUCCACUUCUUUGACUAAACCAAAACUCUUCUCCAAUUAGUAUUUCUUGUUUUGAAAUGAUCGAAAUUCCCGUUGUGUUUGUUAUUUAAUGUAUUGUACCACGAAAGCGUUUCUCAUGUUCCUCCGCCUCAUCAUUUCAAAACUGUGAUGUGUGACUCUAACCCCUACCACACCCAAACAGCAUUCAUCGUGUAUAUUAUAGACGAGUUCUCUCAAGACACUUAUGAAUGUAAUUCUGCCAUUUGAAUUAUAUUCAUGACUAUAAUACUUAUUUUUUCUAUUAAUACCUUUACAUGGCCUUAGGUAGCUCAGUAUUUGAUUGUUUUCUCGCAGGUGAGGAUCAGCCAAAUGUUCAGGGUUUAUAAUCGAUAAGACUAUACUGUAGCGUGUGUGUGCAUGCACAAACAUGCGUGUGUAUGUUGCCUAUGGUGUUGUGUGUACGUGUGAUAGGGCCACGUGUUUCCUGAGAAACUGCUCAUAAGCUUUCAGCUCCUUGAAUUUAAAUGACAAAUUCUUUUUUGAGCCCAUGCACAUUUUCUGUGGUCUUUCAUUUGAUAUCAUCUGUGCACUUACUUUAACUCUUUGGACAAACACAUACACACACACACACACUAAAGUGUUUGAGAAGCUCCAUGUCUAGUUCCAGUCCUUUUUUAGAUUGAAUGAAAAGCCCCCAAACACACAAUUGUGAAUUUCUGUUGUCCUGAAGAGAGAAAAUGGGAAAUUUAAUUCAAUACAAACAAACUAUAUUUUUGAACUUGUAUAUUGUACAUGAAUCUUGUAGAGGAGAAUGUACUUACUAAGCAUCUAAAUAUCAAUUAAAAAAAUAUACUGUAUGUUUAACCCAGCAACUUUUCUCACAGCAGAAUGUGAGCUCUGCUGAAGCUAAUAGAGGUUGUUGUGUUGUCUGGCUAUAAAUGCAAUUAACCAUUUAUCAAUUUGUCUAUAACAAUAAACAACUAGCUCACA